AUGUGAUAGUAUUUUUUUCAUUGGGUUGUGAUAGUGUUUUUAAAAUCUUGAGUACUAGAGUCGACGACUGAUAAUUUUCAUUCAAAAUUUUCAACUGCCGUUUUCCGCCAUUUUGUGUGUUUCCAUUUCUUUGGUUUUGUUUCCUCAAAAUGAAUAGUUGAAUGUUUCAAUAGCGCCUUGUUGUUGAUUAUUUCUUAUAGAUUGUUUCAUGUUUAAUGUAAAUAACAUACUUGUAUCAUCUUUUAAGAUUGCUACAGAUUGUAUUUGGAAAUUCAGGAACAGUAAUGGAAGACUCAGAUGAAUUCAAGUGGGCAGUGAAAGUUGUCAUAAAGAGACAGAUGAGGGACCUGAUGGAGCAGUUGCGAGAGCGAGGUGAAGAGAUUGCAAUAUUGACUGUAAACCUUGAUGACAACUCUUGUUCUCACUUCGGAUCACCCAGUGGUGAAUGGUUCGUAUCAGAACAGAAGAACCUGGCACAGAAUUUUCUCAAGUUCUGCAAAAAAGAAAAAAGAGGAGGUCGAAAUGCUGAUUCAGCCGCAUCAUCCCAUACAGGCUUUGAUACAUUCUCAACUCCUCGAUCCUCAACAUUCAAACAGCGGACUGCACAAUCUGCAGGGGCCCCAAUAUUAACUGUAACAGUACCAAAACAGUUGGCUGGAGACAUUACAGAGGAAGAACUUGCUGCUCUAGUUGGUAGGGUAGUUGCCUCCCAACUGGCUGUACAGGAGAAAGGUGAUGGCUCUAGUGGUGGUACCAAGUUUGAUUUAUUAGUUGAAGCUGCAAACCAGUCCAAGAGUAAGGAGGGAACUGGCUCUGUUUUGUCUACACCAUCAACAAGAUCUACCAGGAAAAGGAAAUUCACUCAGAAAUACAAAGAAGGUAUGAGCACACUCAAGAAAGGCAAAAAGUCAGAGGAGGAGGAUACUGGAAGCGAUUAUGAAACUGGACACGAUGAAAAUGCUAUUAUCAACAUCUUGGCAGAACUGAGUACACCUAUCCUGAAGAGAGUGAAGGUGAAAACAUCAGAAGAGGUACCAGUUAGCAUUGAGAAGACUGUUUUAAUGAGCUCAGAUAACCUAGAGAGUCUAGCUGUACUGCUGAUACAAGAACUGGAUGAGAUGGCUGGUGGUCUCCUUACAAAGGAAAAGCUGAUACAGGUGCAGCUAAUAAUAGAUGAAGACAAUGAAGAAGAAAAGAUAAUUGUUGAACUUGACUGUGUCCAGACAAGUCGGACAAAGGCAGAAGAGAUGGACGACUCAGACAUGGAAUAUCUUGAUCUACCAGAGGAAAACGAGUACAGAGAUAAGAAGUUUGGAGAAGAUCAGGAUCUUUCUGCAGGUCAGUCAGACAAAGAUGAUUCCGACAAUGACGCAGAUUUUGAUCCUGGUGCGUCUUUCGAAAAGAAGGACACAAAUUUAAUACUUCGUGGCACAGAUGAUCAAAGAAAGAGAGGUAGACCUAGGUCAGCAAAGCCCAGAAGGAAAAAGAAGAAACCAUUGUCUGAGUGUACUCCAAUACAGUGUGAUCAGUGUGACACUGUACUAACUGGCGUUAGCAGCCUUAAGGCUCAUGUGAAAAGAAUGCAUUUGAAACAGCAUGAUUUCACAUGUCAUAUAUGCUCUAAGGCAUUCUUCACAACCACACACAGGGAAGAUCAUAUUAUAUCGGUCCACACCAGAAAAUGUGAAGUCUGUAGUAGAGAUGUUGUUGAAUCAGAACCUUGGGAAGAGGGAAUAACUAAAAAGAAUUUGCGUAUAGCUAAGUGCCCAUGUGGUAAUGACAUACAUUAUAUUUCAAAAGUGGGACGUGUUAAGGCUCCAAUAGAAGACGAAUUCCAGGAUAGGCCUAAGAAGAGAAGAUCAUUGGCAGAAAGUACCCAUAUGACCUGUGAGGAAUGUGGCAAAGUUGUUAUAGGCAAGAGCACCCUCUUGGCACAUAUAAAACGUCAGCAUUUGAAGGCAUUUGAACACAAAUGUACUAUAUGUUCUAAAGAGUUCUUUACAUCUACUCACUUGAGAGCACAUGUUUUGUCACUGCAUACUAGGAAAUGCAAAAAUUGCGAUGCCUUUGUAAUGGAAGAAGAACCAUGGUCUGAAAAUAUGGAUAGAACGAAUGAGAGAAUUGUGACUUGUAAAUGUGGGACUCCUGUGACUAUAUUUACUAAGUUAGGACCAAAACAUCGCAUUGGUAAUGGGGAAUCUCCGCCUAGGAAAAAAAAGAAGCAAUCAUCAGAUACAAGAUAUGUGUGUGGAACAUGUGGCAAAAUCUUUUUGAAGAAAAGUAAUGCAAUGUCGCAUACAUGUAUGAAUAAAGAAGCUGAAAAGUCAAUAGACAAAACAGUACAAUGUACCUUAUGUGAGCAAAGUUUCGCUGAUGAAAGCGAAAUGAAAGAACAUUAUAAACAAAGUCAUGAAUCGAAAUUUGUUGUUCAAGCAGAAAAUGUGGAGUUUAAGGUAGAGGGAGAUGACUACGUGUUGGAGGAGGGAAGUCAGGUGGUAAUGUACGAACCUUCCGAUGACCGAUCAGCUUCAGCUAUAACUAGUAUCCAGAUUAUGCAUGAUGGGAAACUAGUCCCAGCAGACCAAGUUAUAGAUGAACACGGAAAUGUGUCGUUUGUAUUGAAAAAUGUCCAGUAAAACAAGGAAGGAAAGGGACAGAAAAUACAUAUUUAUAUACUUUUUACAUUGAUCUGUUACCAUAUUUCAAGUAUUAACAAAGUUGUUUUUUUAGCUCACCUGUCACAUAGUGACAGGGUGAGCUUUUGUGAUCACCCUUUGUCCGUUGUCCGUCGGUCGUCCGUCCACAAUUUCCUUGUGCACACGAUAGAGACCACAUUUUGUAUUUGAUUUUAAUCAGACUUGCCUUCAACUUGUAUGGGCAUAAUAUCUCGGUUCCUUUUGAAAACUGGCCAGAUACCAUCAUGGGUUCCAGAGUUAUGGCCCCUUAAAGGGCCAAAAUUUGCUAUUUUUGGCUUGUGAACACGAUAGAGACAACAGUUUGCAAUCAACUUUAAUAAAACUUGCACACAACUUGUAUUGGCAUAAUAUCUUAGUUCCUUUCGAAAACUGGCCUAAUCCUAUCAUGGGUUUCAGAGUUAUGGCCCCUUAAAGGGCCAAAAUUUGCCAUUUUUGGCUUGUGAACAUGAAAGGGACCACAUUUUGCAAUCAACUUUAAUCAAACUUGCACGCAACUUGUAUUGGCAUAAUAUUUCGGUUCCUUUUGAAAACUGGAGUUAUUUUAUAUCUGAUUACCUCCCCUGAUUUUAAUCAAAAUGGAUUUAUAUCAGUAAGUACUUAUAGGACUCAUUUGAAAUUUCAUUAUUGUCAUAAGUUGGACUUUGACAAUCAGGGUAGAUGAAUAAGGACUGAUUUUAUGUCAAAUUACCUCCCUUUAUUUCAAAUUAAAAUGGGUAUAUCUCCAUAACUAAUGAAGAUACUGAUCUGAAAUUUCAUUUAUGUCAUCAGAUGGACUAGGACAAUUAGUGAAGAUACAUAUUGACAGAAUUUAUGACAAAUUACCUCCCUUUAUUUUUUAUGUAAAUGAAUAUACCUAGCAGCUUCUAAUGAGAUUGGUUUGAAACAUUAUUUAUGUCUUCCAUGGUAAGAAAUUUCUACUUUUACUUACUUUUCUAAUAUAUUGUUGAAUCGUCUGCAUGCAUAUACUGAUGCAUGGUUACCUCCCUUGAUUUUAUUAAAAAUGGAUUUAUCUCAGUAAGUAUUUAUAGGACUCAUUUAAUUUCACUAUUGUCAUUAGUUAGACUAAGACAAUUAGGGUAGACAACUAUGGACUGAUUUUAUGUCAAAUUACUUCCCGUUGUUUCAAACUAAAAUGGGUGUAUCUCAGUAACCAAAGAAGAUACUGAUUUGAAAUGUCAUUUAUGCCAUCAAAUGGACUCGGACAAUCAGGGUAGAUAACUUUUGACUGAAUUUAUGACAAAUUACCUCCUUUUAUUUUAUGAAAAUGAAUAUACCUCAGCAGCAUCUAAUGAGAUUGGUUUUAAAUUUUAUUUAAGUCUUCCAGGGUAAGGAAUAGUCAUGCUAGUACAAAAAUGCAGUAUUUGAGCCAAGGACCCUCAAACCUGGUAUGGCAAAUGGCUAUGACUAGUAUGUGACCCAUAGGUCAAAAGGAACUGUUACAAGAAAAUAUUUAUCCUGAUUAUAUUUAAAGUGUAUGCCUAUGUGAUCUAUGCAAAACUUGAUCUUAUCGUUAAGAGCAAUGGUACUCAGGUGAGCGAUAUAGGGCCAUCAUGGCCCUCUUGUUUUAAUAAGUUGUCAGUUCUUAUAUAUAAAUUCCUUUUACAAACUUUUUUAACUUGCCUAACCAAAGGUUCAAGGUGAGCUAUAGGUAUAGGUGGAUGGUGAGACGUCCAUUGUCUCAUCAACAUUAAUUUAAACAUCUGCAGCUCUAAAAUUACUUGACAGAACUAUACCAAACUUUGUCUGUAGCAUCAUGGCAAGAUUCUCUUUCAAAUUUAUUCAAACGCUUCUGCUUGACUCCUUUUAAUGGGCUGCUUGAGCUAAAAAUAGGAAAACCUCUGAAAAAUUUCAUCUCUUGAACCGUUAGAUGGAUAUUCAUCAGAUUAGAUCAGUAGCAUCAGUUAUAAGGCCCUGUCCCAAAUUUAUGCAAAUGGGGGUUCUCAGCCAUUUGGGGGCCACUAUAGCUAGAAAUAGAAAUACUUUUUUAAAAAAAACAUCUUUUCGUGAUCCACCUGAUCGAACUUAAUCAAACUUGGUAACUAGCAUCAUGAUAAGGUCUUCUCCAAACGUGUAUAAAUGGGGGCAAAUUGUCCAUUUUAGGAGCCAUUAGAGUUAAAAAUAGAAAAAACCUUCAAACAUUUCCUCUGAUCAGUUUGAUGGAACUUAAUCAAACUUCGCCUGUAGCAUCAUUAUGAGGUCAUUUCCCAGAUCUGUUCAGAUGGGGCACUUGGCCCCAUUAAGGGGAACAAUAGAAAAUCACCUUUAAACAAUUUUGCAUGAACUGCUCGAUGGAUCUUCAUCAAAUUUUGGUCUGUAGCAUCAUUAUAAAGUCAUCUUUAAAAUUUGUUUGAAAAGGGGCACUUGGCCCUCUCUUAGAAACUGCUAGUGCACUUGAUAAUUCUUGAUCAAAUUUGGUCUGUAACAUCAUUAUAAAGUCAUUUUAUUAUAUUAUUUGGUACAAAUGGGGGAACGUAGCCCUAUGGGCUGGUGCUACUAGAGGAAAACCUAAACAACAUGUUAAGUGCUUGAUGGAUCUGUGGUCUGUAGCAUUCUUAUAAAGGCUUCUGUUAAAUUUCUUCGAAUGGGGGCACUUUGUCCUUUUAAGGGGACACUACAACUAAGACGUAGAAAUAUCUUGAAAUGAUUUUUCCCCCUUGAACUGCUUGAGCGUCCUUAUUAGGUCUUCUCUCAGAUUUUUUUUCAAAUGGUGGAACUUUCAGUUUAUGGGUUUUUUUAGCUCACCUGAGCCAAAGGCUCAUGGUGAGCUAUUGUGACUGCUCAAUGUCCGUCGUGCGGUAUGCGUUGUCCAUCCGUCAACAUUUCCUAAAAAAAUCUUCUUCUUGAAAACCACUGGGCAGAAUUACACCAAACUUCACAGGAAUGAUCUUUGGGUGGCCCCCUUUCAAAAUUGUUCAAAGAAUUGAAUUCCAUGCAGAACUCUGGUUGCCAUGGCAACCGAAAGGAAAAACUUAAAAAAUCUUCUUGUCCAAAACCACAGAUAUCUGGUGUGUAGCAUCAUCUAGUGGUCCUCUACCAAAAUUAUUCAAAUUAUCCCCCUAGGGUCAAAUAUGGCCCCACCCCGGGGGUCACAUGGUUUAUAUAAACUUAUAUAGGAAAAACAUAGAAAAUCUUCUUGUACAAAACCACAUGGCCUAGGGCUUGAUAUUUGGUAUGUUGCAUCAUCUAGUGGUCCUCUGCCAAGAUUGUUCAAAUUAUCCCCCUAGGGUCAAAUAUGGCCCUGCCCCGGGGGUCACAUGGUUUAUAUAGAGUUAUAAAGGGAAAACUUUGAAAAUCUUCUUGUACAAAACCACAUGGCCUAGGGCUUUGAUAUUUGGUAUGUAGCAUCAUCUAGUGGUCCUCUACCAAUAUUGUUCAAAUUAUCCCCCUAGGGUCAAGUAUGGCCCUGCCCUGGGGGUCGCAAGUUUUACAUAGACUUAUAUAGGAAAAAAAGUUUAAAUAUCUUCUUGUCUGAAACCACAACUCUUAGACCUUUGAUAUUUGGUUUGUAGCAUUGUCUUAUGGUCCUCAACCAUAAUUGUUCAAAUUGUACCCCUGGGGUGAAAAGAGGCCCUGCCCUGGGGGUCCCAAGUUUUAUAUAGACUUAUAUAGGAAAAAGCUUUAAAAAUCUUCUUGUCAGAAAUCAUACGACCUAAGCUUUUGAUAUUUGGUAUGAUGCGUUGUCUAGUAGUCCUCUACCAAAAUUGUUCAAAUUAUGCUCCUGGGGUUAAAAGAGGCCCCGCCCUGUGGUCACUUAAUUAUUAUGUGAGUUAUAUAGGAAAAAUACUUAAAAAAUCAUCUGAUCCUAUUUCCAAGACUAUUUAAUUAUAAUUACCUGAUGACCCCAGGUAAAAUGAUGUCACUUGAUUGUGACCUUGACCUACUGACCUACUUACUUGUUUUUUUAAGAUACAGUCUUGAAAUUUUGAUGACUUACACAGUUUUGCACACAAAUCGUAAAACUGAAUUUCAUUGACCAUGAAUGUUACCUACUGACUUUCUUAAUAUUUUAUCAUCAGUUUGACAUUUGAAACAUGUAGCUCAUAUUACUCAGGUGAGCGAUCCAGUGUCAUCAUGACCCUCUUGUUUUAUACUUGACAUGGUUGUUACCAUGCAUGAUUUAGUAUGUCCUACAGAUAUUCAAGAUCAAAUAGUCAAGGUUAGGUGAGUGACUUUGGGCCACUAUGGCCUUCUUGUUUACCUUUAUUCAGAUGAAUUGAAGUAUGUAAAAAAUAUUGUGGUUUUCAUAUGUACAAGUGUAAUAUACAGUACUGGUUGUCCAGCAGGAGUCAGUACCAGCAUUGUCUUACAAAGUACAACACUGGUUAGAAUUCCAUUGCCGGUCAUAAUUUUUUAGAACAUAUAAUCAUAGAAAAAUGAUUUUCACUCAUUGUUUAGUUAGCAAUGCUGAAUCAUACCAAAUCUGGCAAAUACUGUUAAAGCAGACAAUUUCACGAGGGUUUAAUUUUUGCUUUAUUCGGAAGGUCCUAAAACUUGUGGAAAUUAAUUCUCGUGUAAAUAUUCACCAUUAGUAUAAUUCAGAUUCAAUUAGGAUACCAUUUAUACAAUUUCGCGAAUAUUAAACUUCUCGAAAGUACUCAAAAUUUGAAAUUCACAACAUUUUAACCGGUAGUAGUUGGUUCUUUUUCAUUUUGGAUUUCUUUGUUGAAGAAAUAGGUCAGUAUAUACAAAAUAGAAAAAAGGUUAAUAAAUAGGAGUCUACAGUAAACUUUACAUUAAACUUGGUACUUCGGUAUCUUGCACAGAGACUAAGGUUCAGUUGCACUUUAGUUUGCUGUUGAGGUCAUUUUUCCUUGCAAAAUGGUUUUACUCAAUAGCUUCUGUAAGAAAUUAUGUACUUUUACUAAAAAUAUGUAAGCUUUUUCAGCUAAUUAACUUUAGUAAAAAAUUGGUAUGUUGGGUCCAACCUUGUAUCCAUUUUGAAAAUGAGUAUUGCUGUUUUUUUUUUGUAGGUAGAGAAUGCCCUUCUAAGGGCGGGUUCCUUGUCCCUUUUUGUGGGAGACAUCAAUGCACUCGGGUUUGCUUAUUGUUAUUUCAACUGUAAAAUUGUUCUGUACAGGAGUUGUGCUUAGCAGCUCAUUUUGGGGUAGAAUUGUUUGUAAUAUACUGUAGGUUUUUCAAGAACAUUUCGUUGUAGUUAUUCUCAUAGUAAGUGUUUAAGAUGACGUCAGUACAAAGUUUUUUUUCUACCAUGUUUACUUUAUCUCACAGCAGGAAAAGACUCUAGGUUAGCUAUUUAUAAUAUGGAGCCGUGGUACUCUCAAUAUAUUUUGUAAUACCAUUUGUUGUGAUUGACAGCUUCUUCCAGAAUUUUUCUGUAGCAUCCUUGGUUUGGACCUCUCGGUAGAUCCAGGGUGUUUGGCUCCAAUGUGUAGUGGGAUUACCAUAGCUGGCAAUAGAAGAAACAUUUAAAGGACUUUCUUUAAGAUAGCAGUUUAGAGCCAACUUGAUCAACAUGAUUUUCUUAACUAUUGAUACAUAACUUUUUUAUUAAUCCCCCGCCGUGGCGGAGGGAUUAUAGGAAUGGUCUGCGUCCGCCCGUCCGUCCUUCCGUCCGUAACAAAAUCGUGUCCGGUCCAUAUCUCCUAAACCUCUUGAAGGAUUUUCAUGAAACUUUUCAAAUGAUCACCUCAUCAAGACGAUGUGCAGAACUCAUGAGUCAGCCUUGUCGGUUCAAGGUCAAGGUCACAACUCAAGGUCAAAGGUUUGAGCCUGCUAUUUUGUGUCCGCUCUAUAUCUCCUAAACCCCUUGAAGGAAUUUUAUAAAACUUGGGUCAGAUGAUCACCUCAUCAAGACAAUGUGCAGAACCUAUGAGUAAGCCAUGCCGGCUCAAGGUCAAGGUCACAACUCAAGGACAAAGGUUUGAACCUUCCAUUUUGUGUCCGCUCUAUAUCUCCUAAACCCCUUGAAGGAAUUUUAUAAAACUUGGGUCAAAUGAUCACCUUAUCAAGACGAUGUGCAGAACCCAUGAGUCAGUCAUGCCAGCUCAAGGUCAAGGUCACAACUUAGGGUCAAAGAUUUGAACCUUCCAUUUUGUGUCCGCUCUAUAUCUCCUAAACUCCUUGAAGGAUUUUCAUCAAACUUGGGUCAAACGAUCACUUCAUCAAGGCGAUGUGCAGAACUUAUGAGUCAGCCAUGUCGGCUCAAGGUCAAGGUCACAACUGAAGGUCAAAGGCUUGAGCCUUCCAUUUCGUGUCCGCACUAUAUCUCCUAAACCCCUUGAAGGAAUUUUAUAAAACUUGGGUCAAAUGAUUACCUCAUCAGAAUGAUGUGCAGAAAUUAUGAGUCACCCAUGCCAGCUCAAGGUCAAGGUCACAACUAAGGGUUGAAGGUUUGAGCCUUCCAUUUGGUGUCCACUCUGUAUCUCCUUAACCCCUUGAAGGACUUUCAUCAAACUUGGGUCAAAUGAUCUCCUCAUCAAGAACUCAUGAGUCAGCCAUGUCAACUCAAGGUCCAGGUCACAACUGAAGGUCAAAGGUUUCAGCUCUGUAUCUCCUAAACCCCUUGAAGGAUUUUCAUGAAACUUUGGUCAAAUGAUUACCUCAUCAAGACGUUGUGCAGAAUUCAUGAGUCAGCCAUGUCAGUUCAAGGUCAAGGUCACAGCUAAAAUCAAAGGUUUUACCCUUUCACUAUCCAUAGCAGUGGCGGGGGAUUUAGCUGUCUUUCAGACUGCCUUGUUCAAUUGAUCAGGACCUUAUUCAUCUGUGUUUAAUGUGAGGAACUUGUCUUAGACAUAAAACAGCAAAUGCUUAAUUUGCCAUUACUUUCUUAAGUAAUAUAAAAGCAGUUUUGUCCUGAUAAAAUUUUACUUGGGGGAAUGCAUAUUCAUGUUAAGUUCUUGAAAAUUUUAUUGAAAUUAAGAUAUUAUAGCAGUUUCGAAUCUUAGACUUUAAACAUAGAUAGAUAUGGACACAGACUGAUUUCUGAUUGUAACAACAUUGCACAUUUUGUCAAAGUUGGCAAAUAAGUUUCCAGAGGUCCUGGGGGGAUGUUUGCAGGAACAGUUUGAAUUUUGAAAAAAAUACCAAGGACAUGAUAAUUGAUAAAGGAACUAUUCACAUAAGCUGUAUAUUGUUUGGCAAGUAACUAUCUUUAUUUCAUAAAUUUGAAUCACCAGCAUGUUAAAUAGCAAAAAAGCUCGAUCAUUUUUAUCAAGUCCUAGUAAUAUACAGGCACUGUCAUAAGAAAGGAUCACAUUGUUUUUCUUUGAGGCCAAUGGCUUGUAAUAGCUGAAGUUCCAAAGUUAAUCCUACCUUUUUCACCAUGUCUUGUUAUUCAUCACUAUUUUUAUUAUGUCUUUCUUUGACAUAAUUUAAUUAUUUACUUUCUUCAUAUAUGUGAAUCUGUAUGUUUUUAAACUGUGUAUAAAUGACUUUGAUUUUUUUUUCUUGUAUUAUAACGGCUUUAGAAAGUGUUUUCCUGGCAGUUAAAUUCAUAGCUUCAUAGAGUAUAUGAAAAUCUUCUGUUACAUCACUGUUUUCAGGAAACACUGUAACAAAUUUAAAGUUUUUGCUGCAGAAAUAGUCUUGUCACUGAUUUUUGAACUUACACAGCAAAAUAUCAGUUAAAAAUCAAUUAGUGUACUUUAGUUUUGAGCUGCAUUGUUAUUAUUAAGAAAAGUAGAACUGCUUAGUAGCUCAGUAUGUUAUGGGGGUUCCAACUUGUCUCAUUAUGUUUAUUUGAAAUAACUAAGAAAACGUCUUUUUCAUAUAUGAUAUCAGCUGUACACAUUUUAAUAAAUGUUCUACAUUAA